AUGCACGCCUGCCUUCUAGUCCCCGACAUUCUUUAUCUCAUUAUCGGAUUCUUGGAAGGUGACGGAUACAGAUCCUCCUUUAUCAGCUACAAGGACGUCGCAAGGCUUGCUAGGACUUGCAAGGCGUUCAAGGACCCAGCGCUUGACGCUCUCUGGCGAACGCAGUCUUCGCUCAGUCCACUUGUCAUGUGCUUGCCAAGUCGUUUUUGGACGAGGGGGAAUCGCAGCCGCAAUGCCGUGGGUUACAAUCGUGGUACGCCGUCUUCGCCUGUAGCGCCUCAACCUUCGCAUGAGGACUGGCUCGCGUUGAAAAGAUACUCACGCCGAAUCCAGGCGUUUGAUUGCACCACGUUAUAUCUACCCGGAGUCUGCAGUAAUACCUUGAGCGCCAUCUUCCAGCCGGGUCUAUUCCAUGAGCUCUUUCCGUCGCUCCGUGCUCUGGACUUCAAUCUCUUCAACAACCGAGAACAUUUAUAUGCACAGCCAAUCAUGUUACUUGCUCCCAUGCGCUUACCUCACCUUCUUCACCUGGCUUUCACUAUUUCUGAGCACCACCGACGCCAGGAUCCCAAUGAAAUUUUACACUUCCCACCAAAUUGUGUACCAUCCCUUCAAACGUUACGAAUCGAUGCUGCCCGCGAUGAUGCGAAUCAACACAUCACACCUGUCCGCUUGGCGGUCAACUUCGGGGGAUUUCCUUACCUGCGUAUUCUCUCCCUCUCUGACAAUGUGGAUGUCUCGCCCAGUGAUCUGCGUGCCCUGAUCCACUUGCAAGAUUUGUAUGAGUUGACUGUGACCUUACCCGAUGACUUCGAUAUUGACAUCCAUCCAUCCAUGCAAUCGAUACUCCCGUCACUUGGGGAUUUGGAUGUCACCGUUGGUUCUUUGAAUCGGGGUACCAGCUUUCUUUCCAUUAUCUCCUCGUCCACUCUCGGUCAUGUCCGGAUAUCCCAUCGCUUGCCUGCUACUCAGAGCGACAUCUAUGCACUGUUCCAGGAGAUCCAGCGCAUUCAUAAACGCUUUCCAUACUUUCAAGCACUCGUCGUCGAAUACUCCAGGCCAACCACACUUGCCACAGAUCCUUCCUUCGAUCUCCCACAAUCGACUCUCCGACCCCUCCUUACAUGUCGUUACUUGCGUGUUUUUGACCUCACUUCGUGGGGUAUGCUGGAUAUCGACGAUGCCUUCAGUCGUACAGAUCGCACUUGCGUGGCCUUAUCUUGAGACCUUCCACCUGCGUGGGAUCCCAACUGGAAAAUGUCACGUGCAACGCUGAGAGGCCUACGUGAGUUCUUACGACGCUGCCCACGACUUUCAUCGCUCGGCAUGGAGGUUGAUGCGAGGGUUCUACCUGAGGAAGAGCCGGAAAUGGAGACAUUGACUCUCCGGUCGCUCCGCAUUGCGUCCUUUGGCCUUCAUUCAAACCACCCGGUGGGACAAUACCUUAGAAUUCUCGCACCCAGGUUGCAGAUGCUGCACAUAGAGAUGCCUAAUCCUCCUCCUCCGUGACUAGUAGUGUCCUGUUUAUACAGCUAUCUCCAGUUCCCGUACAGUAUGUCAGAAAAUGAUUCUUGGCACAGUACCGCGAUGGUGACGUUCUAUGAUGAAGGGAUG